AUGAAUGAGGAAGGGGCCAGCAAUUAUGAAAUGUCACACUCCCGCAGUCAACCCUCACAACAAGAGUCAAAUCUGGAUGAGAAAUACCCAAACCGUCCUCAUAAUCACUCCCAGACAUUGCCCUUUCACGAGCUCUUUGAGACCCUCUUCAAUCCGUUGAGUGAGCUCUCCAAGAAGCCUGCAGGCACCGCCGCUCCUCGGCGAAAAGUCGGGCCUCAUGGCCAGUCGGCGGCGAACCUUACCCCACACGAAAAGCGACGGGAUGUCAUUGAGCGGUUCAUCUCACGAUGGCGGAAAGAGGUGGGGGAUGAUAUCUACCCUGCGUUUCGGCUGAUUCUUCCGGACAAAGAUCGCGACCGGGCCAUGUACGGUAUCAAAGAAAAGGCCAUCGGAAAGCUACUCGUCAAAAUUAUGAAGAUCGACAAGAAUUCGGAUGACGGCUUCAAUCUUUUGAACUGGAAGCUGCCAGGCCAGUUGGCUACCUCGCGCUUUAUGGCGGGGGAUUUUGCGAGACGCUGCUACGAUGUUAUCUCAAAACGGCCAAUGAGGACAGAGGUGGGAAAUAUGUCCAUUGAGGAGGUGAAUGACAGGCUCGACCAGCUUUCAAAUGCCUCGAAGGAGGAGCAGCAGCUACCCAUCUUGUCGGAGUUUUACCGAAAAAUGAACCCCGAGGAGCUGCUGUGGCUGAUCCGCAUUAUCCUUCGACAGAUGAAAGUCGGGGCUACAGAGCGAACCUUAUUCAAUGUAUGGCACCCAGAUGCUGCAAACCUCUAUAGCAUAUCCAGUAGCCUUCAACGUGUUUGUUGGGAGCUGCAUGAUCCGAACAUUCGGCUUGGGGCUGAAAACAGCGGCAUUUCUCUGAUGCAAUGCUUCCAGCCCCAGCUAGCUCAGUUUCAGAUGCAGUCCCUUGAUCGAAUGAUUGCCUCGAAUGCGGGGUACCGAAGAAGACCCGGUAUUCUGGAUCGAGGAGAAGCUCGACGGGGAACGUAUGCAGCUUCAUAUGGAGACUGACAGCUCGGUGCCGGGAGGAAAGAAGUUUCGCUUCUGGUCGAGGAAAGCGAAGGAUUACACCUAUCUCUAUGGAAAGAGCCUUGAGGACCCCAAUGGUGCCUUGGCCCGACAUCUCAAAGACGCCUUUGCAGAUGGGGUCAACAGUUUGAUCCUGGACGGGGAAAUGAUUGCUUGGAAUCCCGAGCAGGGCGCCCCCGAACCAUUUGGCACCUUAAAAACUGCCGCAUUAGCUGAACAGAGAAAUCCGUUCUCAAACGGAUCGCGGCCGCUUUUUCGUGUGUUUGAUCUACUCUUGCUGAAUGGGCACAAUUUGACCAGGUACACUCUUCGCGAUCGUCGAAAUGCCCUGCAGAAGAGUGUAAAGUCAGUUCACCGUCGGUUCGAAAUCCAUCCUUACGAGGAGGCUACAGACAAGGCCCAGAUCGAAGCAGCGCUUCGAAAAGUUGUUGCGGAGGCUUCUGAGGGACUAGUAGUCAAAAAUCCAAGGUCACCAUAUCGCCUCAAUGAACGACAUGACGACUGGAUGAAAGUGAAGCCUGAGUACAUGACAGAGUUUGGGGAGUCCCUGGAUCUGAUUGUCAUAGGCGGCUAUUACGGCAGUGGUCAUCGAGGAGGGGGUCUUUCAAGCUUCCUAUGUGGAUUAAGGGCCGAUAAUGCCAGCUCUUCGCAAGGGAUAGGGGCAACCAAAUGCUAUUCUUUCUGCAAGGUCGGAGGAGGCUUUACAGCAGCAGACUAUGCGAAUAUCCGUCAUCAUACUGAUGGGAAAUGGGUGGACUGGAACCCGAGGAAACCACCAACGGCAUACAUUGAGCUGGCAGGUGGCAGUGCCCAGCACGAGCGUCCAGAUCAGUGGAUCAAGCCAGAGGACUCGGUGGUACUCUGUGUUAAAGCAGCAUCGGUAUCAGUCAGUGAUCAAUUUCGUGUCGGUUUAACAUUGCGCUUCCCGCGGUUCAAGAGGUUACGCAUGGAUAAAGACUGGAAGAGUGCGCUUUCCAUGCAAGAAUUCCUGGAUCUGAAGUCGAACGUGGAGAAAGAGCAAAAGGAGAAGGAAUUCAAUGUAGAGAAUUUCCGCAAGAAACGAGUGAAGCGACCAAAGAAGGCCUUGACAGUUGCAGGAUACAGCCCGAAUGCAGAGGUGAAGUAUGAAGGUCCGUCAGGGCAUAUUUUCGACGGGCUCAACUUCUUUAUUUUGACCGACUCGGUGGCCCCGAAUAAGAAAACAAAGGCGGAGUUGGAACAACUUGUCAAAUUGAAUGGAGGCAAGAUAUAUCAGACAAAUAAGGCCGCUCCCAACACCGUAUGUAUCGCGGAUCGAAGAACUGUGAAAGCAGCCUCCUUGCAAAAGAGUGGCGAUGUGAGCCUAAUCCGACCAUCUUGGAUCCUAGACUGUGUGAGGCAGAACGAGAUUGAUGCGGGACUGCCAGACCUGCUUCUUCCCCUGGAACCUAGGCACAUGUUCUUCACAACGCCUAGCAAGGAGGAGGAGGUAUUGACGAGUGUUGACCGGUUCAAUGAUAGCUACGCUCGGGAUGUCACCAAGGAAGAGCUGGUCAGCUUACUCGAAAAGAUGAGCGCUGACAAUGGUAGUUCCGACGUGCCCCCGAGAGGCGAAGCCACCAAGAAGCUUAGGGAAGCUAUUCAAGAAAAAGUGGACUCAGGAUGGGAUCUCCCAUGCGGGUGGCUUUUUCAGAACUUGACGUUCUUCUUUCCCGACCGGACAACGCAGGAUCCAGAUCCCGGAGAGCCCGAAUAUGCCGGCUGCGGCUAUCGACUUUCUUUGGCUCGCAAUACGGCCAAAUUUGCAGGUGCUACCGUUGUCAAUACUUAUGAGGACCCUUCCAUCACCCAUGUGGUUGUAGAUCCGGAUACACCAUCUUCGGAGAUCGCCACGCUAAGGAAAACCUUGUCUCUCCGAGUGGACCAGAAACUUCCUCACAUAGUUACCACUGAAUGGAUUGAGGAGAGCUGGGAGCAGCAAUCAUUUCUUGAUGAAGAUAGAUAUCAUCCAAGGCCAGCUUGA